AGUGAAAAUACUUUUUUAUUACAAAUGAAAAACAACUAUGACAGUGCCAAAAUAAAUAUGAACACGCAAACAAAACUCAAAACGUAAAACGCACACACAAAGAUGAAGAAAUCAGGAGGGGCAGCAGACAAGAAAAGGGUUCGAAGAUCAUCAGGGGCCGUAACUAAUGCCUCCAGAGAUCUGAACUCUGAUACCCCUCCCAGGAAACAAGCUGCAAAAAAGGAUGUGUUUCAGUUGUUUGCUGAGAAGGUGAGAGAUCACAAGGAUUUGGUAUCUCGUUGGGCUGUCUUACAGGAGACCCGUGUUGAAUAUUUUAGAGGAAAGGAUUUUGUAAGCUUUCUGAAAAAUCAUUCAGAGGUUAAAGAUAUAUUAGAUUCAAAUAAUAAUUUAGAGGUUGAAGAAAUUGCCAAUACUUUAUUAAGCAAGAACCUCUUAGUGCGUUGUGAUCGUGUGGUGAAAACUGUUCGUCCCGGGAAGAAAAAGUUGUCUACCUGGCCAGCACAUUUAGAGAUCUUUCCUGAUCAAGUAUUUUCAGAAAAUGAUGCCUUUUUUGCAUGGGCGUUUGUAAAACAGAGGCCAUUAUGGCAAACACUUCUCUCACUUUCCUGGCCUGUGUUGACUCUUGCAAUUUGCAUGUUUCCUGUAUACCCACAUCGGUGCAAGCUAUUAAUCCUCUACUCUUGUGCUGGACUUCUUUUGCUUAUUCUCUCACUUCUUUCAUUGAGAGCCACAGUAUUUGGUGUUCUAUACCUCAUUCUUGGAAAGCGUGUUUGGUUUUUCCCUAACAUCCUUGCUGAAGAAGCUACCCUGGGAGAAUUAUUCCGUUUCUGGCCGAAUAAGGAUGAGGAGGAGAGGCCCAAGUGGACAACUAGACUUUUCUAUGCAUUAGUAGCUGUGCUCGUCAUAUUACUGCUGAGGCACCAUGCCCCUGAUGAAGCUGCUAGAGCAAGGUAUCAGAAGCGGAUGUCCAACAUAAUUGAUGAAGUUCUUGAGUGGUCUCCAAGUUUGGCGCUGUCUGGAAUGAUGGAGAAGCAGCCAACUGUGGUCAAUACCACAGAACCCAGCAAUUUCACAGAUUCCGGGAAAACAGACUCGGAGAAGGAACCUCCAGCAGAUGAUGAAGGUGGAGAAACCAUCUUAGAACAACAUGAGGAUGAGGAAACCGAGAACAUAGAGGACACUGAUCAACAUCAGCAUCAGUUUCAGCAUCAAGAUCAUAUAUGACAGCAGAUCGUGUCAUACCAAACCAGAAGACAGAUACACUACCUUCUUUGGGUUUCAUCUUAAAUUUUGAGUGUAAAACUGUGUAAUCAAACAGCGAAAUAAAGCAGUUUUUAAUUUGUGCCAUCAUUAAUAGUGAGAAAAUAGAUUAUAAUACUGAGUUUAGGGAAUUUAUGUAAUGUAAUGAAGAGCCAUUUAACUAUAUUUAUCGUAUUGGCUAUAUGCUUUUAUACA